GGUGGGACCAAACAUAGAAAAGGCUCGCAGGGACAAGCACGCCGUCUAAAUUUAAUACGGAAAUAAAAAAUAGAAAUGUGACAAUAAAUACAGAAUAAAAAAGCAAAUGAUUUCCAUUAAAUUUUCGUCUACGACGCCGACGACUCAACCAAAAACCGAGCUCCCCACUGAAUUCCUCAGAAAAAGUAAAGAGAGGAAAAGAAAGAAAAGAGUUUCCAUUUCCAAUUCUCUCAAUCAGAUUGUCUACUUUUCCUUCAUCAUUUCUCCACCGACCAUUUCCCCUCUCUUCUUCUUCCUCCUUUCCAUCGGAUUCAGCUCAGCUUUUGCAGAAUUCUGUUGAACUCUUGAGAGAAGAUGUCAGGAGGUGGAAGUCAGAACAGCUUGAGGAAGGCACUUGGAUCCAUUAAGGAUACCACCACUGUUUCAUUGGCUAAAAUCAAUAGCGAUUACAAGGAAUUGGAUAUUGCUAUAGUCAAAGCCACCAAUCAUGUUGAACGACCUGCAAAGGAGAAGCAUAUAAGAGCUGUUUUUGCUGCUAUUUCAGCUACCAGGCCUCGUGCUGAUGUUGCAUAUUGCAUCCAUGGUCUUGCCAGAAGGUUAUCAAAGACGCAUAAUUGGGCGGUCGCCUUGAAAACUUUGGUUGUCAUCCAUCGAGCAUUGAGAGAAGUAGAUCCUACAUUUCACGAGGAACUCAUCAACUAUGGCAGAAGCAGAAGUCAUAUGCUCAACAUGUCUCAUUUUAAAGAUGAUUCCAGCCCGAAUGCAUGGGAUUAUUCUGCUUGGCUUCGCACUUAUGCCUUGUUUUUGGAGGAGAGGCUGGAAUCUUUCCGGAUAUUGAAAUAUGAUAUUGAGACAGAGCAUCUGUUGUCCUUGACUAAUUCAUUAACAAACCUUUUGCAGAGGACCAAAGAUCUGGAAACUGCUGAACUACUGGAGCAAUUGCCAGCCUUGCAGCAGCUUCUUUUCCGUGUUCUUAACUGUCAGCCACAGGGAGCUGCAGUUAGUAACUUCAUCAUCCGCUUGGCACUUGCAAUGGUCGGGAAAAUUCUUCAAUGCCUUCUCUUCUCAAUGACGUCAACUUUAUUAAUACAGUUUUUUGAGAUGCCACGUGCUGAUGCUGUGAAGGCUCUGGAAAUAUAUAGGAAAGCCUGUCAGCAGGCAGAGAGACUGUCGGAAUUCUAUGAGAUAUGUAAAAGCAUGGAUAUAGGGCGUGGAGAAAGGUUCAUUAAGAUUGAACAGCCUCCUGCAUCUUUCUUACAAACAAUGGAAGAGUAUGUUCGAGAUGCUCCACGUGUGUCAACUGUUCGCAAAGAUCAGGUUGUGGAUAAUAAACUUGAAGCACCGAAGGAAAUAUUAGCCAUAGAGUAUAAGAAGGAAAUUGAGGUGAAGGAGGAGGAAGAACAUUCGCCAUCACCUCCUCCUCCCGAACCAGUGAAAGAGGAGAAACCUCCCGUCGUUGCACCACCUGAUUUGCUGAACUUGGAUGAUCCUGCUACAGUUGCUUCUUCAGAACUUGAUGAGAGAAAUUCCCUUGCCCUGGCUAUUGUCCCAGUGGGCGACCAACAACCUGCCACUGCACCAACCCAAGCAAAUGGAACUGGUUGGGAACUAGCACUGGUUAUAGCUCCAAGUUCAAAUGAAACUACUGCUGCUGCUAGCAAGCUGGGGGGAGGGCUAGAUAAACUCACAUUGGACAGCCUAUACGACGACGCAAUGAGAAGGAACAGUCAGCCCACAAGCUACAACCCUUGGGAAGCUGCUCCAAUGAACGGUCCAGUGAUGCAAGCAGCCCCACACGAUCCUUUCUUCGCCUCCAACGGAGUAGCUGCAUCUCAUAACGUGCAAAUGGCGGCAAUGGCCAACCAACAACAGGCUCUCAUGUGGCAGCAGCAGCAACAACAGAUGAUGAUGAUGACCACCCCACAAUUCCAACAGCCUGCAAAUCCUUUUGCCAAUGCUUAUGGGGCUCCGGUCCAUCCCUAUGGCUCAGGUAUGCCGCCUCCCGUGCAAUCUUACCAACCAUAUCCAGGAUACCUAUGAGCUGGAGGAAAUGCUUUUUGUAUAAAGAAUGCACACAGGGAAAGAAAGAUCAACAUCCACAGAACAAAUUUCCAAAAUUUUAUCCCUCCUUCCUUCGCAGACCAUCUCAGUCGCGUCGUGUAUCAUAUUGUUACGUAAUGUGCAGCAGCGCGAGUCGUGCUUUAGAUCUGAUGAUUCUUCUGAUUAUUUUUAUGGCUAAACGAUGAUUAGAAAUAAUGUUUUUUGCCCAAAACUUUGCCUUGGAUGUUGGAGCAUAGCAGGCGAAUUUCUUGUAAUGUCAUUCAUUCUUUUAUUUUGGGUGAGCUGUUGUUAAUUCCCAGUUAGACGGUAGAAAGAAACCCUAAACCCACCACCAUUUGUAAGAUCUGUGAUUAUAUAUCAACCCCAUUUUUACACAUUGAAGAGACAUUUGAGUUUGAUUGCAAAGUUCAAGUUGAUAUAGUUGUGUCAACUGUCAAGACUUUAUACCUUUGGCACCUAAUCUUAUGUUUUUUUUUAGGGGUA